AUGAACGGCGACGUUUUUGGUUUGAAGAGGAAUAGUAAUAGAGAUGGAACCAGUCACUCACUCACUCACUAUUCUCCAGACACAGCACCACGGCGCUGCGACGCCAAUGUGGUGCUCAUAACGAUGAUGGUAAACCAAAGGGUUGAAGAACAUGUUAUAAUAGAAGAAGGGCAAAGGAAAAAGAAGAAGAGGAAGAAGCAAGUUUUGGUUCCUCGUCCUGCAUGUUCUUGGGUGUAUUUAAGUAAGGAAUUUAUCAAAGAGUACAUUGCUACUCAUUCAGAGUCACCAGGGCUUAGAGCUAUGAGCAUCUUUUUUGACUUUGGAACUGCUAGGUUUACAACAAAGGCUGCCUCAAAUGCAUGGAAGUCAUUGAAUCUUAAAGAGAAGGAAAAGUAUGAUAGGCAUGCACGUGAAGUGUGGGAUGCCUACUUGUGUUCGGGUGCUGCUGCCCCUGACCCCAAGCCAGGGAAACAGACUAAACUGGUAACAAGAUGCUCUCCUGGUCGCUUAUUCAAUGUGUUACAGCGUCUCACACCUAAACAGAAGGAGUCAGUAUGGGCUUUGGCAGCCUCCUUGGCCUCAGAUGUCGAACUCUUUGUCACAGUUGAUAUAGAGAUAGUAUUGGGAUUAUCAGCCAGUGGUAAAGAAGUGGUGAACUCUGGUCCAGAAGACAUGAUUUCGGAUUUUCGUAGCAGUUACAAUCCCAUAAAUCGUAGAAUUUCAGUUCGACUUUUAGAGGAGCGGUUGGCAACUGCAGAGGCUGGGGAUGAUUUUAAGAGGUCGUUUGUUCUGUAUGUUCUGGAAACUCUUCUGUCCCCAACAGCUAGGCUGGAUGUUAUGCUGGAUCCCACCUGA